AUGUUGCAGUGUGCCCGACGGCACCAGCCGUCAGAUGGCGAGGAGCAGGUCCAGAUCGUUAUUUUUGACUGCGGCCUGCAUGACCCUUGCACCGAACUUAUUUUUGUGACCAUCAACCAAAGGACGAAAAGAAUUUGCUCCACGAAAGAAAUAGGAGGCGUUUUUGAAACAUCUGCGUUUGCGGAAUUGAAGAACAUGUUGUCGCCACAGUUCCAGCUUGAAAACAUAAUCGACUCAGCUUCCGUAGCUCCAGCACCUUUAGCGAUGACCACGAAAGCAGCGGAAAUAAUUUUGGGCACCUUCGGGGGAAUCCUAGGACUCAUGUGUAUAAUCGGUGUCACCGUGUUGUGUUACUACUGGAACAGGUAG